AUGGCCGCAGCCGGUCUGGAAUGUCUUACCAGCGAGCUCUUUGAAAUGAUUGUACAGCGUCUGGACUUGAGCAAUGUCCGCAACCUGCGCCUCGUUUGUCGGAACGUUGCGUUCAAGGCCACCCAGGACACCUAUCGACAAUUCUUCCGGGUCAAGCAUGUCGACCUCACCCGCCCUGGUUUGGAAACAUUCGCUCAAUUAACGUCAUCCGGGGGAUUGGGAUGCCUCGUAGAGCAUUUGACGCUUGUGGGCAUAGUGUACAAUCCGACUUUACUCGAAAAUGUUGUCAAAAGCGGUAAAAAGUCCGUUCUGAGGGAAGGCUCCAGCUCAUACAUGGUCUCGCGAUCAUGUAGCGAGGAGGAAUUAAAGCAAGCGCGAAAUGAUCUUGAGACCAUGCGGCGACGACAGGCAGAUCUCGAUGAGCUUCGACAGCAACGUGUCGACGUUUCACUGCUAAAGACGGCACUUUGUAACCUCGCGGCAAACAUAAACCAUACACCGCUGAAGAGUCUCUCGCUUCAGAUAGCCGUCUAUCGCGAGAACACGAAAAUCAAACUCAGCCCAAGCGACGGCAAAUGCUGGAAGUCGGUAUUCGAGGCUACAGCGAGGAGUUUUGUGCUAGCAAUGUCGUGUCUUCGCGAUAGUAAGCUCCCUGUGGAAGGGCUGGACAUAUUUGCGAAGAAGCCGGAAUCUCUAUGCUGCAGCCUUCCUUGCGACACGCUGAAUCAACUCGAGUGGGCGGUCGGCUUUGGCCCUUCUUUCACAACACUAAAGUCUCUAUCGAUUAGCAUAUCGGACCCCAUCGCUGAUGAGUCGGAAUAUCACGCUCGCAAGUCCGGGGACCCUGCCCAGAAAGUUCCAUUCGAGUUAAUAAAACAGAAGCGGGACCGAGAGACAUUGAGGGCCUUGAUUCUGGACGAAGGGAAUGUAUCUGGACUCUGCGAGAUGCUUAGUGUUUGCCAUCACUUGGAGGAGCUGGAGCUUUCAGCCUACGCCCUUGAGCGUUCGGAUUCUGAACUUGAAGACCUCCAAGAGACGAUGCGGCGCCGGUAUAUGGACAACCUCGCAAACCAUAUGAUGCCACUAGUCCAACUACGCAAGCUCCGGAUUGGUGGGCUCAGUGCGAGCCAGGAAGAUCUUUUGGCCUUUCUGAGGAACCACAGCAGCUCGCUUCGUGGCCUCGAACUCAGCUCCAUCAGCAUCGAUCGAGGUUCGUUUGCUCCCGUCAUGCUCUGUAUCCGAGACAUGAACCUUGAAAGUAUCCAACUGGAAGACCUAUGGGAGAAUGGGGACCUGGUACUUCUCAAUGACGAGAUGGAGUCAGAGUACACAAAAAUAGGUGGAGACUACCUUGGACAGAACGUGAUUAACAUCACGGGAGCAGAUACUAGCAACAAGAUUGCUUAUUCUCCGUAUCGUGGACCUGCUGUAGGCUCCCCCAAGGUCAGAAGGUGGCAACAGAGGAAGAAGAUGGAUUUUGGAAGGCUGUGA